AUGGACCUCGCCUGUCAAGAUCCUGUCGCGAUGCCAGAGGGACGUGCGGAUCUACCACAUCUCCGCCCACUGCAGUUCCGGGCAAUGAAAGAGAUGCAACGAAGCUGUCCAUUCUUUUUCGACAUUCACUGGGGAAGCGCCGUUCGUGUCGAUCUUCUUCACACCCUGCGCCAGAACGCGCACAACAUCAAGCCAGUGACUCGCGUCAUUUGCUUCGGUCUCGGACCUCUCUUUUCUGGACCGACGUAUGAACGGGGUUUCAUCCAACAUCUCGCAGCUAUGGAUGUUGCCCGAACUCUAGCGCAGAUACAGGGAAACAUUGUCACCCUCUUUGUUCAAGACGUACGGUACACACCGGCUUGCAAGACUCUACUGACAGAUCAUGAGCCACUCAUCAACUUCGCUAACUCGACCGUCGCGCAGGGCUUCGAUCUCGUAAACGAGCACUCAUUCAUCAUCUAUCUCAACUCUAAAGCUGUUAUCCUCGAGCCAGCUAUACACAUUGCUGGACCAGCUGGAUCUGCAGGCAUUAGUUCUUCCUGGAAUUGA